AUGGAAAAAAUUUGGGAAUCAACCAUUUCGCCAGAAGAUGAUUUCUACAAGAUGUUAAACUGUGAUGAAUCAUCAUCGCUUGAACAAAUCAAUACCGAAUUUCGUAUCCAAGCCAAGGAGUUACACCCUGAUAGAUGUUCCGUGAAGGAUGAUGAGGAUACUGUCAAAAGAUUUGCCUUAUUGCAAAAAGCUCGCAAUAUUUUAAUGGAUCCCGAUAAACGGAAGGCAUACGAUCUCUUUCGACGAAAUCAUGGUGGCAUGUCCUAUGACCAGUGGUCCCAAAAUCAUCUUGAACAGACGAUACACUGGACGAACGAGAAAAAAACGCCUAUGUUGGCUGAUAGUGAUGCGUUCAAAAAUUCAGGAGAGAUGUUAUGCGAUUCUAUUCCCAGCUUCGGCUUCUGCAUUAACGUCAGUAGAACGUUGGUCUGCACCAGGCUUAUUCUACAACUGUAAUUCUGGCUAUAAGUAGCCUAGAUGUAACUCGAUUUCGUAUUAAUAACCGUAAUGUAAUAAUAUUAAUGAAUUGUGUAUAGAAUGUCAUAUUUACCGGCCAAAUUUAUGAUAUUACAAAACUAGGUAUUGAAAUAAUCUUAGUUCAUGAAUCAGUAUUAUCUAGC